AUGAGGCUACUAACGAUCCUCGUAUGCCUCGUCGCUGGCCUCGGCGAUGGCGCAAGAUCCUUGUCUAUCCCCAGAAACCAAGACCAAGUCGCUUCUGCGCCAGCUAAGCGACAGGCUAGCACAUCCACCUCUACCCCGGCCUCAAUCAUCAACACGGAUGUCUUCCCAAACUCGCCACUCAACGCAACUGCUUGGGCACUUAUUUAUACCUACCCUCUUGCCAUCUUCUCAAGCUGGGCAGGCGGUGUUCUACGCAACCACUCCGUCAACGAGUUCUUCCAUCAACGAAACCUCGCUACGCCCAAUGAUCCAGGCGUCAUCAAGCCUAAUGUCGACACCCUCUACUCUCGAGUCGUCCUCGACUUAUCGGAGACAGAUCUCGUGCUAACGGUCCCGGAAAUCACCGACCGAUAUUGGGUGUACCCCAUCUAUGACCCGUUUGGCAACAACCUGGCCGAAAUCGGCAUCGUCAACGAUAAUAAGCCCGGCGACUACCUCAUCAGGCGUGCUCUGCUAGGCAAUGAAACAAUCGGCUACAGCAACGAUACCUCGACCUUCGACUCUUCGGCUUACCAAGGCGUCGUCACUCUGCCGGGUACUCACGCCACGAUGCUCAUCAGACUUUUGCUUGUUCAAAAUACUACCGACAACCUCGAGACUGUUCAUGGCUAUCAGAACGAAUCCAGCCUCACAGCGAUUGCCAAAGAUGAUACUGACGCUGAAAUCUGGGGACCAACCCCUCCGUUGCCGGCUCUCGCCGUCAACGAUUCCUUGCUCGGUAUCAAUACGCCUCAGAAGCAACUUGAAUUCGCGGCACAACUAGUGCAGUACAACCCUCCUUUAGUGCGCACUGAUCAGCGCCGCGUCUUCCAGAUCCUGGAUAUCGCGGGUCUGAGCCAAGGCAACUUCACUCGGGUCGAAGGCGUCAAUCUGACUGAGGCUGCAGUCAUUGCCAAUGCGUCGAUCACGGCCGACGUGCAGGAUCCAGAGCAUAUCAGACCACAGAGUAACGAUUGGCAGUUGUCGACUCCUACGUACCAGGGCGACUUCGGCACCAACUACGCCUCGGCUGCAUAUGUAGCUCUCGCCGGGUACCAACAACAAAGUGUAAACCAGACACUGUAUCCUGGCUUCCGCAGUCUAGGAUUCACUAGCAAGUUCACGUUGGAGGAAGGUGGUGCUCUCCUGCUCUCGUUCAGUGGCAAGCCAAAGCUUAACGAGGCCAAGUAUGGAUUCUGGAGCCUGUCAGUCUACGGUGAAGACGAGUAUCUCAUCCCGAACGAGCUGAAUCGAUUCGAGGUGGGUGAUCGCACCUACAACCUUACAUAUGAAGACGGCCAACCCAUCUAUGGCCCGGAUGCGGAUGACGAGAGAGAUGACCCAUUCCAGAUCUUGGUACAGCCGGCAAACGUGACACCUCCGGGCAACUGGACCAACAAUUGGCUGCCGGCGUCCUCGAAGUUCUCUUGGCUUUGUAAGUCUCUGAGGUGGUAUGUUCCAGAGCUGGCCAUGACCGAUGGCAAUUACAUUUAUCCGGAGGUUGAGAAUAUUACAGCGAUUACGGAAGUGCAGUCAAACAGCCCCGUCGUUUGA